CAACCCCCCUUCCAAGAAUGUUCAGUCCCACUGCUUCACAUUGACUAGCCACGCCCGACGCUCACCUCACCUUCUAAUGGCGAUCGCAUGCCGAAAGCUUCAGCUCCGCUUCCUCGGCCUCCCCCGAUCCCUCCCUUCUCUCGCUCGGCAACCUCUGCCGUGCCUUCUUCCUGCUCGAUCCUCGCCGAUCCCGGUGCUACGUGCGGUCCGCCGGACCGCAAAAGCACGUACCUUGUCGGCGGUCAAGGAUGAUCAGUCUCUGUCCUCGAUCAUCACCGAGCUCGAGCAGGAACAAGAAGAAGAUGAGACGGCGGCUGGGGAGGACGUUACCCGCCGUCUCCCUGAGCGGUGGAGUGAGAUCCACGGCCGCGACGACUGGGCAGGUCUGUUGGACCCCAUGGACCCGCUGCUGCGGUCGGAGCUCAUCCGCUACGGUGAGUUCGCGCAGGCCUGCUAUGACUCCUUCGACUACGACCCCUUCUCCCGCUACUGCGGCAGCUGCAAGUACAACCGCCGCAGGUUCUUCUCCAGCCUUGGGUUGGAAGGGAUUGGCUACGAGGUGACACGGUACCUGUACGCCACCUCCAACAUCAACCUCCCCAACUUCUUCACCAAGUCGCGGGCGGGCGCCAAGAUCUGGAGCCAGCGGGCCAACUGGAUGGGCUACGUCGCGGUGUCGGAUGACGAGACCACGGCCCGCCUCGGCCGCCGCGACAUCGUGGUGGCGUGGCGGGGGACGGUGACGAGGCUGGAGUGGAUCGCGGACCUGAUGGACUUCCUCCGGCCGGUGACCUCGGUGGGGAUCCCAUGCCCGGACCCGUCCGUCAAGGUCGAGUCCGGGUUUGCGGAGCUGUACACCGGCAAGGACCCGACGUGCCGUUUCUGCAAGUACUCGGCCCGGGAGCAGCUGCUGACGGAGGUGCGGAAGCUGGUGGAGCUCCACAGCAGGGCCGGGGAGGAGGUGAGCAUCUCGGUGACGGGGCACAGCCUGGGCAGCGCCCUCGCGAUGCUGAGCGCGUACGACAUCGCGGAGAUGGGGCUCAACGUGGGAGAGGGCGGCGAGAGGGUGGCCACCACGGUGUUCUCCUUCUCCGGGCCGAGGGUGGGGAACGGGCACUUCAAGGAGCGGUUCGAGGGGCUGGGAAUCAAGGCCAUCCGGGUGGUGAACGUGCACGACACGGUGCCGAAGGUGCCGGGCAUCCUGUUCAACGAGCGGGUGCCGGCGUUCCUGCGGAGGUUGGCGGAGGCGCUGCCGUGGAGCUACAGCCACAUCGGGGUGGAGCUGCCGCUGGACCACAGGCGCUCGCCAUUCCUCAAGGAGACGGUGGAUCCCUCCUGCUUCCACAACUUGGAAGCCCAUCUGCACCUACUCGACGGCUACCACGGCAAGGGUCACAGAUUUGUGCUGGCCAGCGGGAGAGACCCGGCGCUGGUGAACAAGGCGUGCGACUUCCUCAAGGAGCAUCACAUGGUGCCACCGUUCUGGCGGCAGGACGAGAACAAGGGGAUGUCCCGAGCUCACGACGGGCGGUGGGUGCAGACCGAUCGGCAAGAGGUCGACGACCACCCCGAGGACACGCAACAUCACGUUCAGCGUCUGGGUCUUGCGGACGAUCAUCAUCAUUAGCUUAGGCAAAAAAGCAAACACUUGGAGUCGGUCUGUUUGCUCUUCCUUUGUGGGGUCGCAGUUGCGUGCACAGGUUUCGGAUCUCCUCCGCAUUUGAGCUGCGACGAAUCCAUCCACUCAUCUAAAUUACGUAUCUAUUAAUCUCUGCAUUAUAAAGAAUAAAAAAGUUCUCUAAGCUUUUAUCAUAUAA